AUGCCCCGAUCCAUGAACCAGUACACCCAACUGUUUGCCCCUCAGCAGGCCCCGUCGAAGGGCUCCUUCGACGAGGCCGCCGCCGACCUCUCGGCUUUCCUCGACUUCUCGUCGUUGACCAACGACGCGUCGGUCGCCGUCCCCGCCCACGAGCAACCCUCGUCGGCCUUCAGCAACGCCUUCUCGGGCCUCCGACCCGUCGACGACUCGCUCCUCGACUCGCCUCUCGACCUCGAGCUCUCGCCCGCCUCGUCGUUCGCGACUUCGCCGUUCGACUUUGGCAACCCCGCAUCGUCCGGGUCCGAGUUCACCUCGCCCCUCCUCGACGGGUCGUUCGACUCGCCCCUCGUCGAGUCGUACCCGAUCGCGUCCGUCGCAAACGACAUGCCGAGCCUCUUUGCGCCCGCGCCGUCGGCCGCUUUCGCCGGCGCAGGCGGGAUCGACCUCGCUGCCUUGGCGUCGUCGAUUGGACUGUCGCUCCCACCGCUUCCGUCGUUCGCGCCUGCACCCGCGCCGAUGAUGGAGGACAUCAAGCCCGUCAUCCCGUCGUCAUCGUCGUCGCCGGUCCAGCUCGCACGCACCGAGUCGACCCUCUUCGACGUCCCCUCGGCCGAGUCCACUCCCGCCCAGACGGCCGCUCAGCGCCGCAAAACCGCUGCGCAGAUCAAGAAGGAGGCCGCGGCGUCGCUCGAGGAGAAGCCGUUCAAGCGCGACAAGUUCACCGGCAUUCGCAACACGAAGAAACCACCGGUCGCUUACGACGCCCCGACGCUGCCGAAGAACUACCUCACCGAGUCGGCGACGAGCAAGAAGCGCGCUGGGUCGGCCAAGGUCGCUGCGUCCGUCUCGAAACGCGCUCGCUCGGAAGCUUCCGUCACCCCCGCCCCUCAGCCGGAGUUGCCUCAAGCCCAGCCCGAGCCGAUCAACGAAGACAACCUCGACGACGACCAGCUGGCCGCGAUCGAGCUCAAGCGUCGUUCGAACACGCUUGCGGCGCGCAGGAGUCGCGCGAGGAAGGCCGCGUACAUCCAGGAGUUGAAGGACGAGAUUGACAGGCUCAAGCAGCUCAAUGAGGCGCUGCAGGGCGAGCUGGGUGCGGCGAGGGCGGCCAAGUGCGCGUGUCAGGGUUAG